AACGAAACGAAACCCUUUUGCAAUUUUUGCAGCCUAGUUAUAAUUGUUAACAUACAUUGAAUGCGUCGUAUAAAGAUUGAUAGACUAAUUCGUAAAAUGUUUACUAUCUGCAAAUAUCAGCAAAACGCCUUGAAUUCAUCUAAAUAUUAUAGUUUUGCAAGGGUUUCCAAUUCACGAUAGUAUCAUCAUACAGAAGAGUAAACCUAACACUAUUUUAUAUUCAAUUCAAAAUAAUUCCUUCUCUGUGUAUGUGUGAUCAAUAUAGUCUCACCAAAAGAUAUAUAAUAUAUUUAAGCUUAACAUGAUGUGUAUUGCAGGAUCUUUGUUUCAUAGAGGAUACUGGAGUGUGUAAACAUGGGACUGGUUCCACUAUAUUCAUUUUUGCUGAUCAUGCUAGUGCAUGUUCACAUAGCAGUAGCAUUUUUCUUGAAUAGUUGUCCAAACAAAGUGAUGUGGAACUUGAGGGCUCAAAACAUGUGCGGUGAUCAGGAUAAAUACAUGUGUCUAUAUGAUACAAAUGCAAGAAAAUUCAUGGAACUCUGUAAAGACAAACCUGACUUUCAUAGACCAGGGAAUAUUUUUGUUAUCAGUGGAAACUUACAAUAUUUUGCUGGAAGACCUUGUUAUUAUAACAGAUACCAACCACACAAGUGGUGGACAAAUGGCAGCAGUGAAUGCCAGUACCUAAAGUCAACGUGCAAUGAAGAAGGACAGGUUCCUUAUGACAAUGGAACAAUAUCAAGGGAUAGAAAAUGUCGAUGUGACUAUACAAAUUACUAUACUUUUCUUAAUGAAACAAGGAGUAGAUGUCACUGUGAUCCUAUAGAAGAGGAUUGUUCGUGUUACAGGAAAACCUGUAAUACUGGUGAAGUUCUUACACCAGAUUAUGAAUGUGUAAGUGUCCAUGCAUGGACUGGAUUGUUUGUCUGCCCAGAACAUAAAGCACCAAGAUACUCAAACGUAAAAACGUUUCAACGAAGAACAACAGUAUGUCCAUCUGUUAAACGAGAUUUAUCUGGCACAAUGCAACAAUCAAGCGCACGUAUAGCUCAAACAGUGAUGGUGUGUGUUAUCACAAUGUUCGGUCUUAUGAGUUUAAUAGUAUAUGCAAUCAAAUACAAGACAAACAAGUUAUCAAAAGGUAUGGAAUCGAAACUAGAAGAGAUCACAAAUAAAUUGAAGAAGUUUGAAUCUCAUUUAGGUGACAUGGAUCAGUCAACGAAUAACACAGCUGACAGUCCUUUUGAUGAUUUAAAUCGAAUUAUCCUGGAGAAUAAGUGGGAAGCCUGUGCUAUUGUUUUGUGCAUCUUAUUUGGUAAUGAAUUUAAUACAGAUUGGCUGAAAUCAAAGUUAGAGGCACAGGACAAGAAGGCAAAACUUCAAGGAAUUGUCAACGAGUUUGAAAUCAAUCUUUACAAUGAAACAGCAAUAGAUAUGUUGAUAUCUGCAUUUGCAUCAUUAAAUGGUAUACAUUUACAUGGGUGUUUUCCUAUGUAUAAAAUUAGCAAUUCCAAAAACUAUCAGCAGAUUUCUGUAAUUUGUGGCAAGAGUUUUACAGAAUGUUUUAUAAAACAUGGCUCUAGUACACUAAUUCGUGACCACUUUCUGUUUGAUUCAAUUAGAGGGGAACAAAUACAAGAUGGUCUGAUAACAAUAUCAAAGGACAACGAAGGCUUAUACUUUGAACGACUGCUAAGUGACUUACGAAAGAUGAAAAUUAAAAGUACAUUUAAAAAUAAACAAUUAAAAUAUCCGUCAUUUGUAAAUAAGUUGAUACGAUUUUUUGAAAAGAGUGAAGACACGAAACAGUUACUGAAAAACCUAGACAAAAAUAUUCGGACUGUAGAGGAAGAUGACAAAUCCAGUCGUGGGUCAUCUGCUACAACACCGUUAAUCGAAUCAGCAUCAGGUGGUUACGUUGACAUAGUUUACUUUCUAAUUGAUACUAUUAAAAGUGAAGUCAACAAUAGAGAUGGGGAAGGUAGAACACCUUUAUAUAAGGCAUCUGAAGCAGGAAAAACAAAUGUUGUGCAAAUGCUACUGGUAAAAAAUGCAGACGUCAACCAAUGCAACAUGUAUAACGAGUCUCCGUUGUAUGUGGCAUGCAGAGAAAAACAUAGAAUUGUAGUUGACAUAUUACUACAGAACAAUGCUUCUGUCAAUCAGUAUACCAGUGAUAAAAAAUCUUUGUUACAUGCCGCCUGUUCCGGGGGUUGCCACAGUAUAGUAGCACUGUUGUUAAAAAAGGAUGUUAAUGUGAAUCGAUGUGAUAUUAAUAUAGAAUCUCCGUUAUAUGUAGCAUGUGCACUAGGACAUACAGAUAUAGUGGAAGCUCUAUUGCAGAGAGACGCUAAGGUCGACCAAUGUGACAUAAUUGGUCAGUCUCCAUUAUAUGUAUCCUGUGCAGGAGGACACACAGAUAUUGUUCACAGGUUAUUAGCGAAAGGUGCAAAUGCAAAUAAGUACAACCGUGAUGAAGAGACUCCAUUAUAUAUGGCAUGUACAGGAGGUUAUAGGGAUAUAGUAGAAAAGUUAUUACAGAAAGAUGCCGAUGUAAGCAAGUGUGACAGUGAUGGGAAGUCUCCAUUACAUGUGGCAUGCGGAGGAGGUUAUAAAGAUGUAGUAGACUUGCUAUUGAAUGCCAAUGCAAAUGUUAAUCAGUAUUAUAGUGAACAAAAAGAGUUUCCAUUAUAUCUAGCAUGUGCCGGAGGUUAUACAGAUAUUGUUGAAAUGUUAUUAAAGAAAGUAGCAAAUGUCAGUCAAUAUAACAGUGAGGGAAAGUCUCCAUUAUUUGUCGCCUGCACAAUGGGAUAUACCAAUAUAGUGGAAUUGUUAUUAAAGUGGGAUGCCAAAGUUAGUCAAUGCAACUGUGCAGGUGCGUCUCCGUUGUAUGUAGCAUGUGCCGGGGGACGUACAGAUAUAGUGAAACUGUUACUGCAGACUAAUCCUGAUGUUUCAGAAUGUACACAAUCAGACAAGUCACCUUUACAUGUGGUUUGUGAUUUUCAUUUAUUUGAACAUCUUCGAUAUAGAAAAGAUAUUUAUAAAAGAGAGUUAAAGAUCACAUCAAAAUUGUAGAAUUGUUAAUUUCGUGUAAUGUAGAUUUAAGCAAGAAGGAUUUAAAAAAUCGAACACCACUGGAUAUAGCCAAACAAUCACGCUGUUCGGAACUUGUGAAUCUUCUUGAAAAACGAUCAUAGUUGCGCGAUGCCAAAGAGGAUAAUUUCUACACAUUCAUCCUCUUUUUACUAUAAAGUUAUGAUUUCGUAAUUCUAAUAUACCGGUAACACGGGAUAAUCAGUUGUCUGGUUUAUUAUAAUUGUAGGCAAUGUAAGAACAAACAUAUAUUUGACAAUACAUUGAUAAUGAGCUUAAAUUGUACAUGUUGUAAGUUGAAUAUUAUAUAUAGACACUUUCGGCUGA